GUAUUCCAAUCAUUGAUGUUUUCCGCUGGUGAUGCUUAUGAUCUUUGGUGGACAGGGCAGGAGUUCAAGGAUAUGCGAGUUGAAGCAUGUGAACAGAUGCUAAAUCAUGAUCCAGAGGUUUUUGCCCAGUUCCAAGCGGAAAAGUUUGACCUAGCCAUUGCACAUUUCCACGAUCUUUGCCCUCUUGCUAUCGCUGAGAAGAUAGGUGUGAAAAAGGUACGUGAAAAUGCCAUUUGGUAUAAUAAGGAGAACAUGUAUAUAAUUUAG